UAUCUAUAUAGAAAUAUUCCUGUGUGUAUUGGUUGAUUUAAACGUUCAAAUCUAGUUAUUUAAAUAUUGGUUAAUUCAUAAAAUACAAAAUGAAUUCCGAUAAAAAAGAAUUAAAAGUUUUAAAAAAAUUUGUUCAGUAUUUGAAAGAACGAAGAUUUUUCAAACUUGAUACUAGCACAGUCAUAAAAAUGUAUUUUGAUCAAAAUCCUAAUCAGAAAAACUUGUCGCACGGCUUACUACAAUCCAUACCAGGUGUAGUUUUUGAUCAAAAAAACAGCAUAUAUUACUUUAAAACAAAUAAACAACUAGAAAAUGAAAAAGAGACGCGCUCCAAGAAUCUAGCAUCCAAAGCCAAUAAUAUUUCGAAUGAUAAUAAUUUAAUUCCGUUAAAAAAAACACUCCUGUUAAAAACAUUUGUUACAAAUGUUUCUUUAAAAAACUAUAUAGAUUCUGUUGAAGGAGCUUAUUGUUCUUUAUGUGAUCAAAAUAUUGAAAAUGCACAGGCACAUCAGCAAGAUACAGAACAUUUUUUUCGUGAGAUAUUUAGAACUGAUAGAAAAUAUUUUAAUGCACCGUAUGUUUUCAUCAAAAUUGAAUGUAAGUCUGACAGUAUUAAAGAAGAACUGGUGGUUAAUAAGAAAAAAGAAAUGUUUACAUUAAAUAUAACAAACCAAACAGACAUAACAAUUUAUUUUCAUUUACUUGAAUUAGUACCAAAUAAAAAUAUUUGUAUCGAGGAACAAAUACCUUCAUUUAUUCAGAGCAAACAAAAAAUCAAAAUUCAAAUAACUGUUACUUGCAACAAAAAAUCGUUGUUAUUAUUUCCAAUAUUAUUAUUAUUAAAACGAAACAUUGAACAAGAAAAUCCUGACGCAAUGGCAUUAAAAGAUAUGGUGUUUCGAGUCCAAUCUCCAUUUUCUGAUGAUAUAGUUCCAACAGCUGCGUAUAUACCUGCAGUAGAAGCUUAUUUAACAGAAAUUGACCAACCAAUCAUUCACGAUGCACCAGAGCCAGAAAUGGUACAAGCAGAGUUAGAAUCUAUAAUGCGAGUAAAAGAUUAUCCACUUCCAGCAGGAUUAACAGAAGCUCUUAAUAUUAGAUUAGACGAAACGAAAGCUACGACGCCACCAGUAAGAAAGCAAAUUAAAAAAAUUCGAAGACUACUUAAACCACCACCCGGUUUAUCAAAUCCAGAAGAUUGUUUAACACAAAGUAAAUAUGAACACAUACUAGAUUUAUUGUUACAUAUUGAAGAAUACCAAGAAACAAAAGAAAUAUCUAUGUACAACAGAACUGGUCAGGUAUUUCGUAAAGUACCAGAUAGGCCUUUAUACGAGUUAAUGGUAGAAAAUUUAUCAGAACAGCGACCAUCGGUUUUGCGUGGAGAUAAAAUACUUGCAAGACCAGAACUUAAUUUGAAAGAGUUUUUACAAUUUGUAGGGGUUAUCCAUGAAGUGCGCUUAAAUUCAAUUUAUGUAGGUUUUGAAAAAAGUUUUGAUAAACAAUACCCGCCAGAGACCACCAAAUUUACUGUGCAAUUUUUAAUUAGCCGUGGUUCAGCACGAAAAGAACAUAGGGCUGUUGAGUUAAUACAAAGUCAUGAUGUGAAACAAUUCUUGUUUCCUAAGGUUGAAAUGUUGGGCCAUACAGACCCAUUACCAAAAUUAGAAUAUUUUAACCCCCAAAUUGCAAGUAAUAAAGAACAAGCGGAAGCUGUAAAUAACAUUGUAAGAGGUACAUCAUAUCCAGCUCCCUUUUUAUUGUUUGGUCCUCCUGGAACAGGAAAAACAAUGACCUUGGUUGAAGCCAUUAAACAGAUUUGGAAACUAAAACCUGAUAGUCAUGUACUAGUUUGUGCUCCUAGUAAUUCAGCUGCCAAUGUUAUAACUGAACGACUCAUCGAACAUAUUGAUUCGAAAAAAGAAAUUAUACGCUUACUUGCUUCAUCGCAAGAUUGGAAUAGUUUAUCGCCAAAUAUAAAACAGUAUGCUAAUUAUAAUGAAAAAUUUCAAGAAUUUGUGUAUCCUAGCAAAAAAGUCUUAUCUGAAUUUCGUAUUAUUAUUGUAACUUUAUUAACAGCAGCUAGAUUGGUUUCUGCUUCAUUCCCAUUAAAACAUUUUACCCAUGUAUUUAUUGACGAGUGUGGACAUGCAACAGAAACUGAAGCUUUGGUUCCAAUAGCUGGAUUAUUAACUUCAAGACAAAAACCUCGAAAAAUUCAUGGUCAUAUUAUUUUAGCAGGUGAUCCAAUGCAAUUGGGACCAGUCAUAUUUUCGCCAAUCGCUAAAACUUAUGGUUUUGGAAUAUCAAUUCUUGAAAGGUUUAUGACUAAAAUCGAAUUAUAUGAACGAGAUUCAAUCACACAUAAAUAUGAUAAUCGGGUGUUAACAAAAUUAGUAAAUAAUUUUCGAUCACAUCCAGCUUUAUUAUAUUUGUCUAAUAUAAAAUUUUAUGAAAAUGAAUUAAUACCAUAUGCUAGUAAAGAAAAUUCUUGUUUAGCAGUUGGUUGGAAAGAAUUACCGAACAAAGAUUUUCCUCUUUUAUUUCAUGCCUGUUAUGGAAACGAAGAAAGAGAGUCAAAUUCACCAAGUUAUUUCAAUUCAUCAGAAAUAGAUAUAAUUAUGACCUAUUUAAAAAAAAUAGUUGGUAAUAAAUUGAAUCCAGAAAUGGAUAGGGUGAUUACGCAAAAUGACAUUGGUAUAUUGGCACCAUACAAAAAACAAAUUAAAAAAUUACAAGACUGGUGUCGAAAAAAAGGCUACCAUAAUAUUGUAAUUGGUUCUGUUGAACAAUUUCAAGGUGAAGAGAAGGAAGUAAUUAUUAUGUCAACUGUUCGAUCACGAGAGGAUGUCAAUGUACAAAAUAAAAGAAGUAUUUUAGGUUUCUUAACAAACCCUAAGCGAUUUAAUGUUUCAUUGACAAGAGCUAAGUCAUUACUAAUUGUGGUUGGAAAUCCAAAUGUUUUACAGUAUGAUGAAAAUUGGUCAGAUUUAAUUGACUAUUGCGAAAAUAAUAAAUCAUUAAUUAAUAAAAAAAAAUUUAAAAAAAAAAAAGGUUGUGAAGAGUCCUUAGAAGAAGUGCAAGAGUCUUUCUCAGGUUUACUAGUCAAUUGAAGAUUAAAAUGAUGAAUGGAUAUCAGGGUAUCUAUCGAUCGAACUGGAAAUAUCAGAAAAUUUACUGAUAAUUUUAAUUUGAGUGGGAAAAUGAUUCUGCUUGAUUAAUUGACUGAAUUUUUAUUUUGUUUUGUAAAAGCCUUCAAAAGGUCCAAAAAUACCAUUUCGAUCACACUGUGCU